AUGAGAUCGUGGAGAACUAACAUAGAAUUUAGACACUAUGUUAGAUUGCUGGCCGGAUAUCCACAAGGAAUUGACGUGUUCCUUUUAAACUAUCUCUAUUACGACCAAACAGAGAGUGAAGCAUGGGAAAGUGAACGGAAGUUUUUAAUAAAAUAUAAGGCUCCAAUUCAAAUGAAAGACGCAUAUUUCUUGUUAUCAUUAAUUUUAACAAGAAAGAAAGUCACAAAGUACCGGUUGAUUAGAUCAGAAUCAUUAUCCUCUCUGGAAGAGAAAGGUUAUAUCAUGUUAAACAUAGACAAAUAUGAUUUUUUUACAGUCUUAUACCCUCCUGUUUUAAUGAGCACCUUGAUACAUGAAGGACGUGUUCGGACAACUUUUGAGGAAAUGUUUUUUGUGAUGCCGUCAACCAAGAGAAAUGAAGUUAAUUGGGAAGAUGCGGUACAGAAAUACUUCUAUUUAUUGUUUACCUCCAUUUCUCGAUCAAUCGAUGAACAGGACGGGCCAUUGAUGCUUAAGGAUUUGUUUCCAUUCGCAAAAAUGAACAACCGGACUUCGAAACUCUUUCUGAAAUCAAUACCUAAGAUUGUUUAUGAAUGCCAGUCAGCAAAACCAAUUCAAGGCAAAAUCUCAACAGUAGCCAAACAGCAAUCAAACUUUGCAGUUAGCUUGAGAAUUUAG